AUGCCUUCUAUCAAGAUGCCCUCUUUCGGCCUCGGCCUCCCACGCGAUGCCUCUCCCCGUCUACGCAUCAUACAAGGCUGCCAAAUCGCCAUCGCAGCCCUUAGUAUCUUCGCCGUCUUCAUCACGCUUGUCUUCCCUGUCCAGCGCAAGCUUUUCACUCUCAGUCUCCUCUAUACCCCCAUUUUGACUUCGGCAACGACAAUCUCCCUCAUCGUCCGAGAGCAAAGACGCGCCGCCGCCGGUACUCUGUCCAAGCAGAAAUAUGUCAAGUACCAGAUCCUCAAGAUGGCCGCUGCGUUCGGCAUGUCCAUCAUAGGUUUCAUUGGCCAUGUUGCUAGUACGCCGACAGAAGGAGAUGCUCAUCGUGCUGGACAGCAGGGGCUGUGGAUCAGUGGGGUCAAGAUCAAUAAGUGGCAGGGACUGCUGCUUUGGUUGAACUUCUUCAACUGGCAGGGUGCUAUCGCUCUUUCUGGCGAGGAGGCGCAGAUUGGAGCCGAUUCCGACUCAGCUAACGAUGAAGCUAUUGCUCGUGCUCUUCAGGCUCAGGAUGGCAACUGGCAGGCAUAG